AUUAACCUUUCGACCGAUCGCUGAAGUACGUGCUCUUACCCGAAUGAAUAUAUAAUCAUUUAUGUCAAUGAGUGGACGUAUAAAUUUAAGUGAAUGUAAUCUUGUCGAUGAAACUCUGAUUGAAAAUUCCAUUUGCAAUGAAAUAAGUGAAAAUGAGGCUCACAUCAAGCUUAUGUCGGCAGCAUAUACAGCGAAUGUUUAAAAAGCAUUGGCAUGUUCAACGCAACCGGAGAGUAGCGGAUACUAGGAUGGAAGAUGUCCUCAUAGCCAAAAAUUUGCGAGUUAUUGAUCCAAAAGAACUCUUUAUCAAACCUAAAACGCGUUUAGAUAUAUCAAUUGAACCGUUGGUUCCAAAACCACAUCCCGUCAACAAUAGUCAUCCAGAUUGGCAAGACACACCUUGCCUUAGUUAUCGAGAUGACAAUGUUUUGCUAGAAGGUGAAAAUCAGGCUAUGGUACUAACAAAGACUGUCUUGAUUGCUAAUGAACUUCCUGAGACGGUCAAUAAUUUGAUGAUUGAUCACAAUGAACAAGUAAACAAGCUCGUUCUGAGAGCAUUACAUACUUCCCAUAUAUUCGAUGCUCAUCAAGAACUUUUGCCCAAACGAAAAGAUCCUGCAAGACCAGCAUGGGUAUUUCCUCGUGAAUACGGAAUAACUGAUUUGAGAAGGACACGGUACAUAUCGCAAAACUUAUUCCAACUUUGUGAAUCCUUAAGCGGUCCGCAAGUAGCUUUUGAACGAAAUUUGAUUCAUAAUGGGAUUGUCAAAGUUCCAAUUGAGAAAGAUGGGAAUUUACUUCAGUUUACUCUAAGAGCUGAUUUACUGUUGGCUUCUACAAGUCCCUUGAAAGCAAUAGGAAGCAAAGAAGAUGGAAACCACAUUAAUUUGCCUGAUCUUUACCCUAUUGAUUCAACGAUAACCCUGAAGCCUGAAAAUGUCUACAAGCUUCAAAAUCUGUAUCCACUUGACAAAAAGUCUCAAUGGAUGAAUGCACACACAAUAUUCAUUUACUAUGAUCCAUCAGAAGUGAAGAACUUAUAUGAAACACCAGUAACUGAAACACAAAUUUUCGGUCGCUCGUUACUCAAGUCAUUUGCUGUGGCAGCAUCAUACGCGAGGCAACGCUUUGGGGAUGAGAUUGUCAGUUUGCCAGAACCUGUCGUUAUACAGUGCAUUCACUCUGAUGGAAAAUUCUUCCACUUUUCGGUUUUCCAACUGAAUACAUUAGACCUGAAUGGCUCUGACGGUGAGAAGAAUUUAUGGUGGUCUAGUCCGAAAAUUCUACUAUUUGAAAGAGCUGGAUAUGAUGUUGGUAAACCAAUAAUAGAGAAGUACAAUCCUGAAGUCUUCAAAAGAAUAUUUGCAUUUUACAGUAACAAUUAAUUUAAUUUUAACUCUUCAUAUGUCUUAAGUCUGUAUAUAAUUGUCAUAUCACAUGAUACAAAUAUAGCAAUAGCUGAGAAUGAAA